AUGUCAGUUGUAUUAUUCCAGGUUAAUGGAUGGACAGCAUUAAUGUUGGCUGCCAGCGAAGGACAUGUGAAAGUGUGUCAACUUCUCCUGAAGAACAGAUGUAAAACAGAUAUCAAAAAUGAUACUGGACGGACAGCAUUAAUGGAGGCUGCCAGGGAAGGACAUGUGGAGGUGUGUCAACUUCUCCUGGAGAACAGAUGUAACAAAGAUAUCACAACAGAUACUGGACGGACAGCAUUAAUGGAGGCUGCCAGGGGAGGACAUGUGGAAGUGUGUCGACUUCUCCUGGAGAACAGAUGUAACAAAGAUAUCACAACAGUUAAAGGAUGGACAGCAUUAAUGUCAGCUGCCAUUAAUGGACAUGUGGAAGUGUGUCAACUUCUCCUGGAGAACAGAUGUAACAAAGAUAUCACAACAGAUGAUGGACGGACAGCAUUAAUGUAUGCUGCCAUGUAUGGAAAUGUGGAAGUGUGUCAACUUCUCCUGGAGAACAGAUGUAACAAAGAUAUCACAACAAGAGAUGGAGAAACAGCUUUACAUCUGGCUGCUGAGAGGGGAUAUCUACAGAUCACAAGAUGUCUUGUAGAAGAAGGAGGUAUCAGUCCCUUUGUUAAAACACACAAGGGUAAGACUCCAUAUGAUCUAGCAGCAGCAAGGAAACAUGGGCAGUAUAAAGAAGUAAUGGAAUACUUAAAGGCUGCUGUACUAAAGACGAAAGAUUCUAUGUUGAACAAACUGCUUGGCAGUGGAAGCUACCAAUCGUUUUACAUGCGCUGCAUGGUAACCGGCCAGUUCGCUACUGGGAAAUCAAGUCUAGUCAAGCUUUUAGUUGGGGAUAAUGUUCCAGAAGGGCGACAAGCCACUGAUGGCAUUUCCCUCGUUGAAGGUCGUUGUGGACUUGAUAUAGAGACAAGAAACUGGAUCAGGAUUGAUUCAGGAACAUAUAAUGCCUUGGAUGUAGUAUACAAUAAGGUUUUAAUGACCUCUGUUGAAAAGGAUGAAAGAAAACAAACAAAAACAUCAGGAAAACAUAAAUCCGAUGCAAAACUUGUUGAACUUCCAAAUAAAGACGAUAUUCAUUCUCAGAAGUCAGAAGCUACCAAGUCAACAUAUUUUCCUGUGAACCUCUCAGGUGAGCCUUCUACACAGUCACAAGCUACCAAGUCCACAUAUUUCCCUGUGAACCUCUCAGGUGAACCCACUACACAGCCACAAGCUACCAAGUCGACAUCUUUCCCUCUGAACCUCUCGGGUGAACCUUCGCAGCAGCCACAAGCAGCUCAAUCUUUGUCACAACAAAUUUCCUCUAUUGAGUCUAAUAAACAGCAAAUGAAGAAGAAAAUGACAACUAAAAUGACCAAAAAAGAAAUGAGGAGGAAAAUGGAAGAGGUUCUCGAAACUGGUAAAUAUAAGAUGAAAGUUGGCAGGCUCAUCUUCUGGGACUUUGGUGGACAGUAUGUUUAUUAUACAACACACCAGACAUUCAUGACUUUCAGAGCGUUGUUUCUAGUAGUUUUUGAUGGAAGUAAAGGAUUGAAUGAAGAAAUACCUGAUGUACUGUGUUUUCCAGGACAGCACAUGACACCAACACCAGCAGUCUUUUUACUGCACUGGGUAAACUCAAUCCUGACCUAUUGUAAGGUGGUGUAUGCUGGCAUCCCUAAGAUCUUGUUUGUUGCCACCCACAAGGACAAGGUACCAGUGGAGAAUGUUGAAACCAGACGUGCACUAUUGUACAGUGAAGUUGAGGAAUUAUUUAAAGACCACGAGGGAAGAAAUCAUCUUGUCCUUGACAAACAAAUAUUUGUCAAUGCAACUGAUAAAGAUGAUAUAGAAAUUAAAUCAUUAAAGAAAGCCAUCACAGAGCUUACUUUCGAUCAUCCUUGUUGGGGAGAGGACAUGCCGAACGCUUGUGUUCCCCUUGAACUGGAGAUUGCUGAAAUGGUAGCUUCAGGAAAGCAAAUCUUGUCAUUGGUAGAACUUGAAGAAUUGAAUUCAAUCAGCAAGGUGUCCGUUCUGGAUUUUGAACAACUUCAUGAUUUCUUACACUUCCAUCAUUCCCUUGGGAAGAUUAUCUACUUCGAUACCCUUCAGCUCAGGAAUUAUGUUAUAAUUAACCCGCUACUCAUGGUGGAGGUAAUGAGAUCAUUUGUGACAGACAUAGGAUUUUGGCCAAAGAAAAGAAGAAUGCAGGUAAUAUUCAGUAGAAUGUCAGAAAGUGGAAUCAUACACCGAGAAGACCUGUAUAAGAUUUGGGAACAAAAGGAUUUCCGUCCAAUUUUACCUUACAAAGAGUUUAUAUUCAACAUCCUCAUUCAUUUAGAUAUUCUGGCAGAGCAAAGAAGAUAUGACACAGGUACAGGAAGUCGUAUACCAGUAGAGAACUUCUUUGUUCCCUGUAUGGUUACAAAAAGAAACACAACCAGCUUUAUGGAAAAAGAAUGUACACCAGAGAAAGCAAUAUGUCUAGCCUUUGUUUUUAAAGGAACUGUCAUACCACCAGCUUUGCCCAAUCGUCUGAUCAGUGCAUGUCUGAGUAUGUGGACUCUGAAGCAAUAUGAAGGGAAAACACUCCUCUUUUCAGGAUUUAUUGUAGUCUCAUUUGACAAGGCACAUGAUGUUGUAGUAUGUGUUGAAGGCAACAAGAUUCUUCUUUAUCUCGUCCAUAAAACCUCGGCUGGACUUAUAGUACCAGAUAUUGCCACUGCAGUAAAGGAAUGCUUAGUUACAACAAUGGAAAGAAUAUCAGAUUUCUAUCAGUCCACAAUCCAUGUAAAACACAGCCAACAAUUACCUUUCCAUAUUGAAUAUUCAUGUUUUGAAUUGAAAUGCUUCAUUAGUGAAGAGGCAGCUUUGCAGACCAAUGAAUGGGUUUGUGACAAACAUAAACUUACACACAGACAAGGAAACUGGGUUGUUUGGAAUCAAGAUAAGAUAAAAGAACAGUGUGAACUACAUUGUCCAGGUUUACAAGAUAGUGCCUUAAAUCAAAUUCCGAGUGACGUUGAACUUCAUCGAUUAGCAGCAGGAUGUGACGAAACCACAAUACGAGAGUUGGCCAUACAUCUUGGUAUGACUCUUCAAGAUUGGGAAACACUAAGAUCUAAUAAUGCUCAGAUUGAGAUUGUAAAGUAUAGAAUACUGGUCAACUGGCGGGAAAAAUACUCAGGAAGAUUUAGCAGAAUAGCAAAAGCUUUAACAGAUAUGGACUUUCCGGUCCAUACACUGUGUCAGGUAAAAAGGGAAAGAAGAGCAGAUACAGACAUUCCUUUGGAAUAUCUAGAUGGUACACCGACGGAUGAGAUAUUAGAUAAACUAGCACCCCAAAUUGGUCAAGUAUAUUUUCAACUUGGUGCUGCCAUCGGGUUGUCAAUUGGAACCUUGGAAAAUAUUCAGAGCAAUAAUCCCAGAGAUUUAGCAGCUCAAAAUAGAGAGGUAUUAUUUGCAUGGAGAGAAGACAAAACAGUUAAACCUACAAUACGAGUACUGGUGCAGGCUUUAGUAAACAUUGGGAGAGGAGCUCUUUGUUUACAGGAAGUUUUAACGAAUGUGGAUCCUAAUACCCUUAGAGAAUCAGAAAAAGUGGGAGAUAAAGGUGCAAUAUCCAAGAAAUCGAACAAAUGUUCAAUAGCUUGAAAGUGGACACCACAGAGUAAAGUUAGAACAACAAUAAUGCAAUAUGGAAAAAGUUCACUACAGCUAAGGUGAAACCAAGUAAAGUGCAUUCCGGCCUUAGUGUUUCUAAAAUACCUUCACUUUUGCAUUUUACUUGUUCCAUAUAUUCUGCGUGCAGCAGGGGACAUAGGCAUAUUCCUUGCCUGUAUAUAUAUAUUUGUCCUUCCAUCUGAUACAACAAUGCUAAGAGACUGUUUGACAGAAAGCUUUCAUACAUGUUUCUUAUCCUUUUUUUCAUAGAUUUGUUUUCGUACUGUAUUCAUAUGUUAUUCAGAUUUCACAAUUGAAAGUGGAUUUAAUAAGAUUUUUUUUGACAUUGUAACGCAAUUAAUUUUUGGGGGGGAAUUGGUUAGAUCAGUAAAGACAGAAUAAACUCAUGUUUACUGUUCCAGUAUUAUGUUACUUGAAUGUUAAAAAAUUGCAAAAUUUUGAUGUUUCUGGAUAAUCAAUGGAUAAAAUCAUUUUUGUAAUUGAUUCCUAAAAUACUGGAAUAGUGGCAAGCUCGUGCAAUAUAAAACAAUACUCUAAACAGUAUUAAUGCAAUAAACCAUACUGUUGAAAAAUGUAUGCAUUCUUUAAGUGUAUGUUCUCUUAUAUGAUGAAGUAAUAUAAUAAUGCAGAUACUGUUCAUUUUGUUAAAUAGUUUGCAUAUAUUAACAUGAACAUGGAUAUGAUUAAUUUUACCCAUUCUGAGAAUAUUUCA